CCGUCCCCCCCACCCCUGCCGCCGCCUCCUCUUCCACCGACGGGCCGUUAGUUCCCUGUGGGAGGCAGGAAGUUUCGUCGGGAGGAGCCGCCCGCCUUCCUCGCCGACUCCGGGGCUGAGAGUUGCUGAGGAGGAGGAGGAGGAGGCCGCCAGCUCGCUCGCUUCGCUUAGCCGGCCCGCCCGCCCGGGUUGGAGCUGGACAGCGAUUUCUUGCCCUCCCCGCUUUUGGGGGCCCCGUCGCCAACUGUUAGUAUGGCAAUGCAAGUCCUGGGACAGACUGGUGGCAGCAGCCUGUUUCCUGGCAAUACUAAUCUGAGCAUGGCCUUGUCAAACGACAUGUAUGACUUUCCUGAACUUUCCAAAGCUGAGCUGGCAGCUCCUCAGCUUAUUAUGUUGGCAAAUGUGGCUCUAACAGGAGAAGUUAAUGGCAACUGUUGUGAUUACAUGGUUGGUGAAGAUAGGCAAAUGGCUGAACUGACAACUGUGGGCAACACCAACUUUUCAGACAGUGAUGGAGAAGGAGUAGAUGAUACACAAGUUGUGGAGAAUGACCAUGAAGGCCUGGAAGAUAUAGAUCUGAGAGUCCUUGGAUCUUCUGAAGUUGAUAAUGGUGAGACUGCAGGAUUGACAGAGUCUUUGAGUUCUCAUGCUUUUAAUCAAGACAAGGGUUUCUCGAUAGAAGUGCCAGGAGCUCCAGAGGGUGUGGAUGACAAAGGUAAAAGCUUGAAGAACAAGCCGUUUCGUUGUAAGCCAUGUCAGUAUGAGGCAGAAUCGGAGCAGGAGUUUGUCCAUCAUAUUCGGGUACACAGUGCCAAGAGAUUCAUUGUAGAAGAAAAAGCUGAGAAGCAUGGACAAGUUAAAGAAACUGACUCAAACACUACAGAUGAGGUUGAUUUCUCCAAGGGGCCCAUUAGAUGUGAUCGUUGUGGCUACAACACUAACAGGUACGAUCACUAUCUUGCUCACUUGAAACACCAUAAUAAAGCGGGAGAAAAUGAGAGAGUCUACAAAUGCACCAUCUGCACAUACACAACAGUAAGUGAGUACCAUUGGAAGAAGCACCUGAGAAACCAUUUUCCACGGAAAGUGUACACAUGUUCACAGUGCUCCUAUUUCUCAGACCGGAAGAAUAACUAUGUGCAACAUAUUCGAACUCAUACAGGAGAACGUCCCUAUCGCUGUUCCAUGUGCCCCUACUCAAGUUCUCAGAAGACUCACUUAACAAGGCAUAUGCGUACUCAUUCAGGCGAGAAGCCGUUUAAAUGUGAACAGUGCAGCUAUGUGGCAUCAAACCAGCAUGAAGUGACUCGACAUGCAAGACAGGUUCACGAUGGUCCAAAACCGCUGACCUGCCCACACUGUGACUACAAAACUGCUGACCGAAGCAACUUCAAAAAGCAUGUUGAGCUCCAUGUCAGCCCACGGCAGUUUCUUUGCCCAGUCUGUGAGUACGCUGCAUCUAAGAAGUGUAACUUGCAGUAUCACAUCAAAUCCAGACAUCCCGAUUGUUGUGACAUCACCAUGGAUGUCUCAAAAGUAAGGCUACGGACCAAAAAAAGUGAAGUUAACACUUCGGAAAACAUUAGUGAUGAUAAUAACAAAAUGGAACAAGAACAAAUGAAGGAGUUGAGCGAAAAGAAAAGUGAGAGAGAUGUAAAAGAAGAGAAAAAGGACAACACAUCAAAAGAAAAGAAACAAACCAGUGGUGUUGGUGCAGGCCAGGUGACAACACGAAGUCGCAAGAGUGGUUCUGAAAGCAAGGAAGCAAGUGUGAAAAUUGAGAAAAUGACUGAGAAAACUGUUAAAAUAAAGAAAGCAAAAAGAAAAGCAGAUACCAUUCCUUUGACAGAAGAUUUUGUAACAGACACUGACUUAAUAGCAAAAAAGAAAAAGAAGUCAGAGAAAAAGUCUCUCAAAUGUCAGGGCUCUCAGAAAGAUGAAAGUAAGUUGGAGGUCACCAAAAAGCAAAAUUCUAGCCUUAAGAAAAACAAAAAAAAGAAGUAUCUAAAGUGUAAGCCUAGUAAGAAUAACAAAAAGCCGGAUUGUGAAGAAAUGACAAGUGAGGAUCCAAUCCUUAAAGCACCAACUCUUUUACAGAAGGAGGAAACUAAGACAUCUGAUGAUCCUCACAAUGAGAAGCAGCCUGUUUCUUCAGAUGAUGGAGAGAAGCAGUUUAUCCUUGAGGAGAACAUGCCUGAUGGAAAGCUGCUGCCUGCACAGCAUGUAGGAAAAAACAUAGAGGUAGAAGACCAAGAAAUGCCCAUGGAAGUAGAGAUUACAAGAACUGUGCCUCAGAAUGAAAUUGGAAUAGAGCUGGCAGUUGCGAAUGGUGUCACCUCUAUGGGUUCAGAUGCAAACAUGGAAGAAGAGAGAGCUGUGCUAAAAGACACUCUACCAAAGUUGGCACAAAAUAUUGAGGUAACACAAACUUGUGAAACAGAAAUGGUGUCUAAUCCAGAUGUCAUACAAGAGACGCAAGUAUAUGAGAUGGAAACUGUGACUAAACCCCAUGCAGAAGAUGGCAGCUCUACAAAAGAAUUGCAGGCUAUAGACCCAAUAGGAGCUCUACCAUCAGAAUUGCCAGAAAAACACGAGCAAAGCCCCAAAGGAGACCUGACUUCAGCAUCACCCAAGAGCACAGUAGUGAAUGAAAGUCAGGAAAUCGAAGAGGAUGAGGGCAUCCACAGUCAUGAUGGCAGUGAUAUAAGUGACAACAUAUCAGAAGGCAGUGAUGAUUCUGGGUUAAAUGGUGCUCGGACGGCACAAGAAAAAACAGGUCAGAAACCAUCCCAAGAAACGACAGAAACCAAGGCUACAAAAGAGAACUAUGUGUGUAUAUUUUGUGAUCGUUCAUUUAAAAAAGAAGGUGAAUACAGUAAGCACCUGAACCGUCAUUUGGUAAAUGUAUAUUAUCUUGAGAAGGCAACGAAGGGGCAAGUUUAACUAAAUGGUGGUUUAUAUAUUACUUCUGCCUCCAUAAGAUCUUUUAGAGCUUAGGUACAGUUCUUGUAGAAUCUUGGCUUAAGCUCAGUUUGCUUAUACUUUUAAGUUGUUGGUUUUUUCCUGACCUUUGAAGAAAUGUUGAAUUAAUUAUUUGUAUCUCUGAUUAGAGAGGGUUAGUAGGGUAUGUAAUGCUGUGGCUUGCUAAAUUUCUUAAAUCCCUGGGAUAUAGCCCUGGAAUUACUUCAGUAUUGCUGUUGCCUUGCAGCGGAACUAUACACAACUUAUUUAGGAAAAGUAGCUUUGGACUUAAGUCCCUGAGAGUGUCUCCUGCAUAAGCUCUGUAAAAAUGAAUGGAAUAACAGAACUCCCAUAUAGUUGCAGACUUUUUAAAAAUGUAGGGCCUGAGCAGGAUUGUUACCAGUUGACUGUUAAGUACACAGUCUAGAUCUGUCCACUGAUUACAUUCCAUGAAGCCAUUUCAGCUUAUGGGUUUGAGGCAUAUUGUGCUCCUCCCUUCUUCCUCUUAAUCAGGCCUUCUUUGAACAUGAUGUCUUCCUGAUCACCUCAUUAUAGACCCUCUUAUUUGGUCCUAUUUCUUCUGCAUACUUGCCACAGUGUGGGACUCCUUGACAGUGGUCUAAUUAUAUGCCAUUGUGAUAUAUGUAUUACAUCAAAAGGGCUGGUCACAUGGGUCUUUCCUGGUAAUUGGGAAAGGCCUUUGACUGGCUCUGUCUGCACUGUUUUUGCUCCUUGGAGUACACACCUGUAUGUGGACAGGGCUCUUCUGGAAGCAGAAUGUGUGGUCUGUGGGACAGAGUGUUUAAUAAACAUAUGACAACCUUACUCACUUCUGACUUUCUCCUUGAAAGGGAAGGUCUGAGCCUUAAGGAGUGAUGCCCUGAGGCUCAUUCCACAUUAAUAUCUAUCUGGAAUGUAUCAAGUACACAGGCCAUCUGUGUUUGUUGAUAAAAGUGUUAUAUAAAUGGAAUCUUUAAAAUGGGAACGAUAACUGCUCUGAUAUUGCUGUCUUCAUUCUUGUUUAUCUGGUUGACAUGAUGGGUGCUUAACUCAUUAGCUGAACUACAAAAAUACACCAGUUUAUUUUGCAAAAAGAGCACUUUGGGAAAAUGUUAAGGUUGUCUAGCAGUAAACAUAAUCAUAUGAUCAUAUUUUCAGUUUGCAUGUACAUGUCAGGUUCCACAAUUAUGAUCACAAGCCAAAUUAUUGAAGUUCUUUCCAACUGUUAAUUGGUGAAUCUAUUACUUGGUAAGUAGUAAGUACUUCAAGAUAAGGUUAUUAUUUCCUUUUGUGCUUUAAGAGAAGAAAAAUAUUGCACAUAAUUGUUUUUAUUUUUACCUAUGCAGUAAGCCUUUAGGAGCUUAGUAUUUGUGUUGUAUAAUACAGUUUAUAUAUGCAUGUUUGGUUUUGUUAAAGGGUUUCCUUCCUUGAUACUUUCAGGUUUGUUGCUUACCAUGGCUAGUGUUCUCUAUUUCUUUUGACAACAACCUUCUGGUUCUGUAUUGGUUAUGUGUGAUUUUUUUAAAGUAUGGACUAGAGAUGUUUUGUAGCAUUAAUUAUAUAAUUUUGAAACAAAUGCUACCUUGUGCUUUCCCCAUGGAAGUUGUUUCGCUGAGAUCCUAUUUAAAUAAUUUUGGUUAUUUUUAAGAAUUAUGUGGAGGUUUUGCCCAGCUCCUGUGUUAGGGUUUGUGCAAAUCUUUUUAUAGCUAAUAUUUCUGCUGCAUUGUCAUGUGUUCUGGGGUGCCACAGACUCUGUUAAAAUGAAGAGGAAAUACCCAAGAAUUUUUUGUCUUUUUCCUUCUUUUCCUUGCAGAGGGCCUUGUAUGUGAGUAAUUUCUAGGGAAAUUUGGCAGCUAAUGGAUUAUGGUUCUGUAAAUUCUAAGAAAUUAGUGAAUAUCUUUAUGAACAGAAUAUCCAAAUUAGCACAAAGUGGAAUGUUAUUUUAAAAAUUCCCUGAUAGUUGCAUGGGAAAAAAUCAAAGCAAAAUCUGUUUAGACACCUUGCAUUUUGCACACCAUGCAUUUAUUUGGGUAGGUGCUGUGCAAGAGAACUUCCUGGUGGAUCAUGUUAUCUCUCUGCUUCCCUGAAAUAAAUGUUUGUGUUGAAAUAAUCCCAUCUAAAAUAAUAUGCAUCAGAAAAAUCCUGAUAAGUGACAAAUCUUUUGUUAGGGCAAACGUAGCAAUUCCUGUUCAUUCAUUAUUCAGUCAAAUUUUAAUUAAAUUAAUGACUCCAAUCUUAUAGUUGAUAUAAAGAGACAUCGAUAUAAUUAGAUAUUUAAAUUGUAAAUCUGUAGACAUCUGGAGAAAAGUCAUAGGUAACUUUAGAACUGGUUUAUUAACUAUUCAGACUUAGCUGAACAUUUUGAAAUAUAUAAGCAUUGAGAACCUCAUAGGUGAUUAGCAAAAUUGACCAGCUACCCUUCUGCUACCCCCAUUCCUGUUUGAUAAUUUUGUUUUCCCAAGUUUGGGUUUUUUUUUCCAGUAACAUAACAGCAGAAAUAAAAAACAUCACUGUCAAAGGAAAUUUUACAACACAGACUUCAUUACUGUGUUCUCUAGUUCAUUUGGGCAGCUUGUGCAGGAGGACAUCCUGACUGAUUGAGCCCAGAGGACUAUCAAGAUAGUUUUAUGUCCUGCUGCAGACCUAGUAAAGCAACUAUAUUUAUUUUUCUCUCUCUUGGAGACCGCUAAGCUUGCAUUAGUUUGAAUUGUUUUUAGUGUUCCCCUGACCCCUCCCUUUCUGCUGAUAGUACCAUUUCAACAUAGAAAUGAAUAGAGGAGGCUGAUGAUUCUUUUGUAGGUGGUAAGGUGGGAGAGUGGUAAUAGGAGGCCAAAGAUCUAAGGGACAGUAAUCCCUUUAGGGUGGAAAUAAAUUGUGUAACAUUAGUUGUUUGAGUGUGAAUAGUUUAUGUUCAAGACUUAACCUUCGCUGUGACAAUCAUUGUCAACUGAGAAUCAAGUUGCAAUUAUAUUUAUGUUGAAUCAUUAAACACUGUUGAAAUGUCUUCUUAACCAGUUUAUAUGAAAUCAAAUUAGACACAACAUUAGUGUCAGAUGUAUAUAUUGCCAUCGUUGUGAGAGAAGAUUGGACAGAGGCUGGAAACUCCAGUACUAUACAGACAAGGUUUUUUUAAAUCUCCCUUUUUUUAAAAUAGGUGCUUCCAUCUUAUAAGAACUUUUUGGCCUUGAGAUGCUUUUUUUGUGCUUAAAAUUUUAGAACCAGACUUGUUGAAAAGAGAUAGUGCUAAUUAUAUUAGACAACUUUAUUACAUGAAAACUGAUACUAGGAAAUAAUUGGGACUGAAGAUUUCACACUUGGAAAGGCUAUAGAAGAAAGUGCCUGUGUUGGGCACUUGGUAUGAGCAUGAGAAUACAAAAUGGUUAUGUGCUAAAAGAACAAAUGACAUGCUUGUUAUGGUCUGGGAUGUAUUGGAUAUUGUGAUUGAUUAGAAAUUCCCAUACAUUUUUACUAUGUUGUUUGUAUAGAAUAAAGGAAGCAGAAUGGUUAAGGGUAUACCAGUAAAAGAUGGAAAGUAAGGAUACAUGUUCUUAAUGGAUAAGCAAAAUUAGGGUUCAAAUGUAGAUAAUUUACUUUGUUUCUGCUUGAAUUAGCUUCUUAAAAUUGGCCAUGGGGGUUCACAGGAAAUUUAGAUAUACCUUUCCAGCUAAAGGGCGUCUCUUGGCAGCAAUGCUUAUCAAAGACAUCCCAACAGUUGACACAUAAUGCGGUAUCCAACAUUGUUGGUACCCUGUUGGGUAGUGUAGCUAAGGAGAACAUCAGUAUUUUAAAAGAUAAACACUGAAAUCCAAUGCUGCAAGUAACUGAAGAAUAGGAAAUAAGGAACUUGCAACUUGCCUGAAUAUUGCUGCUAUUUGGGGCUUCAUUAACCUAAGGGCUGGAACUUCAAAUCUUUUUUACAGAACAAACUGACAGGUCAGUUUUCUCAAGACAUUAUUGAUUUUGCUAUAUUAUUAGUUGAUUGGUUGCAAACACAGGUUCAGUCAGAUUUAUCAAUUGCAUAGCUAACAUGCUGAGAUACGAUAUUAAUUACAUCCAGUUAGCUUAAGGAAGUUUCACAUAUGUGUAUAUAUACUUUUUUCCUUCCCUAAAAAGAAAAUCACACUAGCUAAAGAACUUUUUGUAAGCUGGCACUGAAACAUUUUGUUUGGUUGCACCAUGUUUGAAGCUUUUUACAGUGCAAUACUUGUAUUAUUUUCUCAACUUAAACCAAAGGUAAUUUUUUUUCAUGCUUUCUAUCUACUGUAGUGCAUGAAGAGCUUUUAUACGUUUGUAAUAGAUGUAAAAUCAGAACAGAUCACAUGUCCUGGGUUUUUUAUUUACCUAAACUGUACACAAGUCUUUGUCCAAAAUGUAAGGUGUUAAACUAAAUUGCGUAUUAACCCUUGAGUGUAUUUUCCUAAGCAUAGUUGUAAGUCAAUAAACUUUAUUAAGGAAUAUA